AUGGUCGAGGAUCACUUCGGAUUGUUGGAGAUGAGGGCAGACGGAACGGGGAACCACAUCGCCAAGAAGGAAACGAGAAAGCGGGGGAGACCAAGAAGGCCAACGGUCGAGCGGCCAUCCCAGUCUCCCCCAGUUAAGUUGACCCAGUUUGACCCCAGAUCAUGCACCGUCGUACCGGGUCUAUUGGGGGGGGGAGUUGGCCUGUCGGCAGUAUGGACACAGCAGUGGGAGCCGUCGAACCCCAAAUGUCUCCAUCUCGGCCUGUUCGGCAGCUUGACUGACCACAUGGGGAUCUGCUUCUCGACCGUCUCCAUCUGUGCAACCGUCACCCGGGUGCCCGGGUGCCUGGGACAGCCUGCCAGCUACCGCAUGGUCCGCAUGCCAUGCCGACCAGUCCAAGUUGAGAAUAGUCUUCCGGCCGAGACAAGGCGGAGGCGCUUGUGCAAGCCAGUCUACCCGACCAGAAGGGUCUGGACUCUGCAGCAACUGUGUGACGGUGGCAGGCGGGCAACGGUUCGGGGCACAGAUAUCGGACCGAGAUCUAAGUCCGAAACGUCGAGAAGGCCUCCGGGUAUCCCCCGGAAUAACAGGAUCGGCAAUGGUCCUAUGCGAGUCGAGUCGGGAUGA